GCCAGUUACCAUGUCCUUAAUAUUGUGGACGAUCUACUUCGAGAUGUAUGUAUGGACCCCCGGCCUUUCGGAGGUAAAUGCAUACUACUUGGAGGAGAUGUUAAACAGCUACUUCCAGUAGCUUCUGGUCGUGUAGAACAAAUCGAGCUCUUUUUCACAAAUUAUAGGUUCUGGAGAGUUUUUCAAGUGGUCCAUCUGAUGACCAAUAUGCGUGUAAAUGCAGGUGGGGAGGAUUUCACCCGGUGGCUAGAAGAUCUGGGCAGGGGUACCACCAACACCCAAAUCGUCAAAGACAAGGACACAAAAGAUGGUGAUUUUGUUAAUCUGCCAGAUCGUUGUCUGACGGUUGAUGUUGUUAGAGAGAUUUACGGACAGCUUCACGCUCUUACACCACAGCAACUCGCACAGCGAGCUAUUCUCUGUCCCAAGAAUGAACAUUGUAAUUUACUCAAUGACAAAAUUCUCGAAUCGUUUACCGGAAAGACCUUCGUUAUUCACAGUAACGAUAGCGUGGCUUCGGGUGACGAAGACGAGGUGGCAAACUUUCCGGAAGAAUAUUUGAACAGCAUAACACCAAGCGGAAUGCCUCAUCACAAACUCAAACUCAAAGUAGGUGUACCGGUUAUACUUCUUCGAAAUUUAUGUCUUGAAGAUGGAUUGAUUAACGGUACACGACUACUGGUGUUAGCUGUGACAGAUAUGUUGAUAACAGCCGAGAUCGUCACCGGCCGUUUUUGCGGGAGAAGAGUUCUCAUUCCUAGAAUGGAUCUAACUUCUUCCGACCAAAACUUGCCGUUUGUACUGAAAAGACGACAAUUUCCGUUGAAACUUUGCUUUGCCCUCACCAUUAAUAAAGCACAGGGGCAAACAUUUGAACGCGUUGGCAUAUACCUAGCGAGUCCUGUCUUUUCUCAUGGACAACUCUAUGUGGCUUUCUCAAGAGCUCGCUCUUGGGAUUCCGUGAAGGUAGAAGUGGUAAAGACAAAACAUCAAGGGUAUUUGCUCAAAUCAUCUAAAAAAGUUUUUACUAAAAAUAUAGUGUUCGGUAACAUUUUGAAUUCUAUCCAAAAUGAGUAAUCCUAUUUUUGAUCAAUUUUUCAAAUCAAUCCAUCGAUUUUCGGAAACAGCAAAAUUGCACAAUCAUCAUUUUCAAAAUUGCUUUUUUUUCCAAAUUGUUCGUUAAUUACCUCAUUGAGUAAAUUGAAAUCAAAUUCUCAGGAUGAAAAUUAAUCGCUGUCCGACCUCAUGCGCGCGCUUUAUUAUCCCUAUCAAAUGAAUUUCUUCGUCAAAGUUUUCUGUGAUUUCUGGCCCUUUUCAAAAUCAAUUCAUCGUUCGUCUCGAAGUUCAUACCGACAAUAUUCUUCAUUAUACAAAAUUUUCACGUUUCGCAACCAUUAACAAUUAAAUCAUUCUUUUCCAAAUUCAGCAUAACCCAUUCGCAUUCUUUGUUUAAUAUUUUUUUUGUAACGUAUUCUCAACCCAAUUUUUUUCAAAAUUCCCAUUUUCCCUCAUUCUCAAGCAAUUCACACUUAUUAACGCAUCAUCUUUCGAUAUUCCACGUUUUUCGAAAUUUAUUCCAAAUUUCUAUUUCCAAAUUGUUUUCCAAAUUCUCAUGCAUUAUUUCAUGGAUAAAUUAUGGAUUAUAUGGUAACUUAACUGUUUCUAUUCACACUUCAAAUCACACAAACAAAUCUCGGAAAAACCCAAAAUUUUUAUAUUUCAUAUCAAUAACCCCCUACCCCUAUCUUUUUUCGUUAUUAUAUAUUUUUUUAAUUGUUUCCAUUCGUCAAAAUUGUUGAAUCAUAAAAAAAAUUUCUUCGUCUUUUUUUUUGAGUUUCUGGAAUUCACUCUGAAUUAUCAUGUCGGGAAAUAUUAACGGAGGUGCAUUUAACUUUACGGAAGACCAUACCAUAUUUUCUAGGGCCAUAUAAACAUCAUCAUCAAGGAAUAAAGGAGAAAGCUGACGAAAACCAACCAACCUUAUCCCAUCUGUUGCAUAGCUGUUAUUCUUAUGUAUAUAUUGUGUAUAUAUUGUUAGUAAUGCAUAUAGAAUUGUUUUUAAUUUUCGUAAUGUAUAUAGAAAUGUUUUUAAUGUUUGUAAACACGGGGAGACAGGGUUUUUUCUGCUGAGGUUUUUCCCUGAGCUUUUAUAUCAUACGCAAAACAGUAUGGUACCCCGUUGCACUAACCCAGCAAAAUUGAUUAAGUAUUUUUUUAAUAUUCGAUAUAAUAAUAUUCACUUUCGAAAACCAAUUAAAUUUGAAUAUAUCUUUCAUCUUUCCA